AUGGCGACACCGGUGAAGACGGUUAUGGAGGAGAAGGAGGGAGAUGAGGCGGAGGAGAAGUUGCUAGAAGAGAACAAUGUACUGAUUGUACCAAAGUCUUCUGCGACUCAAAAUCAAGAUGGUGGGAUCGUUGCCGUUAAAUCUUCUAAGAAAGUUAAGCUGCCAGAAGAUAGCGCAGCGGUUGGCGGUGGGCGUUUCACGAUCGGGCCGGCGCCGGCGCGUGACUGGGAGAUGGUCCCACCCGAUGGCAAGUGGGGAUGGUGCGUUCUCGUAGGAGCGACAUUGGUGAAUAUCCUGAUACCCGGUACGAUCAAGUCAUUCGGAGUGCUGCUGGUCGAGUUCAAUGACGUGUUCCAGUCCAGCGCAUCUGCCUCGUCAGGCAUUGUGGCACUGUGCUACUUCCUAUACAGCAGUCUUGGUCCAAUAUCAUCGAUCCUGUCAGUGAAAUGGUCGUAUCGGACUGUGACGUUGAUCGGCGGCAGUUUAGCAGCUUUCGGCAUGAUCUUCAGCAGUAAAGCCUUCUCCAUCACUUACUUGUAUUUUAGUUUCGGUGCAAUGGUGGGCGCGGGGGCAGGUUUAGCUUUCCCGCCAACGGUGUACAUCGUGACGUCAUACUUCGUGCGACUCAGGGGGCUGGCCAACGGGAUCUGUAUGUCGGGGAGUGCUUUCGGCAGCAUCAUCCUUCCACCAUUCCUCCGAUAUAUGUUGGAGACGUACGGAUACCAGGGUGCCGUAUUACUGCUGGGCGGUAUCAUGUUGAACGUGUGGGCGGCCGCUCUCCUGUUCCAACCUGUCGAGGAGCACAUGGUCAGGAAGUACAAGGACCCGGAGGAGGAUGAAGACGUGCCUCAGGACGACAUUCUAUUCGAAGAGGAAGAACCAGUGGAGAACUUCCAAAUACCACCGUCAACUGUGAUGUCAGUAGAGAAAGUCGAAAACGGCCACACGCCUGACAAGAAGAUGUCGCUUAGCAACAUACAGUCGAUGACGUCAUCACAACAGUUACGUCACAACCCGUCUAAACGAAAACUGUCUUACACACGGCCAAUGCCCAAAAGUACUUAUAGCUCGUCGUCAAUUAAUGAUGGGAUUUUGAAAAAAUUAGGUUCUCAAGACGGUUUUGGUAGAAAACUUAGCACUGCAGGUCCCAAAAGAAAUUUCUCCACGUCAAGCUUUGCUCAUGUGUCAACGCCUUUCCACGGGUCCACUUUAUCAGCAUUCGAGCAACCGAACGAAUUCGCUUCACAGUUUUCAUUGAAGUCUGUCACUGACAGCGUUGCAGAAGUAGCAUACUGUUGUUUCUGCUGUAAGAAGAAGAGUACAAAAGAUAAGAGUAAAAACAACAAAUUCUUUGAUUUGUCACUUCUGUCAGAUCCGACAUACCUAGUCAUAUUGAUAUCGAGUAGCACAGUAGCAAUCUCAUGCACAAACUUCAUCAUCCUGCUGCCUUCGCACGCCCAAAAUAUUGGCUUCGAUAAAGCAAGAGGUGCUUAUUUACUCAGUACAGUCUCAGCACUGGACCUGGUCGGACGUAUCAGUGGCUCAGCACUUUGUGAUUUGAAUUUAAUACCUAAAACGUAUUUCUUCGUCGGCGGUUUGCUUUUUUCUGGUAUUACGUUAGCAAUAAUACCAUUUUUGGAAUCAUAUAUAACUAUUAGUGUUUUUUGCGCGUUAUUUGGGCUCGCAUCCGGUGUUAACAACAGCGUGACAACCCUAGUAAUGGCUGAAAUUUUAGGAGUAGAAAGACUUAUGUCCACGUAUGGUAUUAGUUUGUUUGUGAACGGGAUUUUGCAGUUAAUAGGGCCACCGAUAUGUGGUAUUUGGUUCGAGUAUCAGAGAAGUUACAAGAGAAUGUUUUUGACUUUCGGUGUGAUAUUCAUUUUUGGUGCAGCCCUGUGGCUGUUAAUGCCGAUAAUUAAUAAAAGGAAGAGGGACCAUGCGAAGAAACUUGCUGGGGAGGCUUUGAAAGUUUAA